AUGGCCACUGGAAUGUACAUGGACACGCGGCUGCAGCAGCAGUUCUGGGGCUAUGGCGGCUACUCGCAGCGCGAUCUCUACGAGCCUCCUCCGCCGAUCCCCAACCCCAGUCCCCCCAUCGGCCGCCUUGCGCGUCCCGCGCUACUCGUCAUUCCGCCGGUCGUUCCCGCUCCGCUCACCCCCACUCCAGUCGCGCUGAUGCGGGAGAUUGAGCGCUACAACCGGAAGAAGAACGCGGAGAGGGCGGAAAAGCUAGCGGCCGAUCGCCCAGCGGGUCCCCCCGUGCGCCCGCGCAGGCGGAGGGUUUGGGACGACAUGUUCUUUGACCUCCCCCCGACACCCCCUCCCCGACGCGCGUGUGCUCCCGCCGCGCCCGUCACUCACGUUACUCCGUCGGAGUCACUUCAGGUCGUCACAGCUAGUACCGCGCCCGCGCCGAGCGCUGCUAAUACCGCGAUCAAUACAGCUCCCGCGCCUGUCGUUCGCGCCGCUCCGUUGAAGCCACUUAAGGAACUCAACGGCACACUGCCACCGCCACUGCCGCUGACACUCUCCGCAUCGAACGUCGCAUUAAACGCGUUUGUUCCAGUGGACGGCAAGGCGGCGAGAUCGCACAAGCUGUUACCCGUCUCUGCGAACCAACCUUCGUUCAGGGCGUGGCUGGGGAACGAGGAGAAUACGACGACGGCAACAGCUGUGCGACUGAGCGGCGCCUGCUGCGAAACAGGGUCGCAUGUGCCGUCUGUGGAGCUUCGCAUCGAUAUAUCGUCGCUUGGCGCUGCUGCCGCCGCUGGCGCUGCUGCCGCCGCUACUGGAUCGGAACCACUGGCAUGCUCUGUCGACCUGCAAGCCCUUGGCUCGCUUCUCCGCUCCUGCCUCUCCGCUCUGCAGCUGCACACGUUGGGGGAAAGCUCUGAGAGCCAAAGCUCAAAGGAUAACAGCUGGAUGGAGGGAGAUGGGACGGCUGUGCCUGCAGCUGCCACUGCAACUGCAACAGGAGCAGCUGCGAUGUCAACAGGGCUAAAUGAUAUGUUGCUGGUGCAGGCAAGAGGGCAGGAAUGUGAGAAUGUGAGAGUGAAGGAAGCGGAGGGAGGAGGCGAAGUUUCAGGGUGGGAAGAGAUCCCAGUUUCUCUGCGCCUGCAGCCCCAGCGGCCGCUGUCACCGCUUGCCCCACUGCAAUCCCCCAUGUCAGCCACCUCGGUGCAAGCACUUCCGCCGCUUGUGUUCCAACCACAAUUGAUUUUACCUGGACUAUUGGCAACAGAUAAGACGACGCAUCCUGGCCGUCUGUGGAGCCCCUCGUCUGUUCUGGCCUCACAUUCGCCUGCCUCUGACACAUCAUCAUUGGAGGGAAGCCCUGCCACGUCAGCCGUCUUCCCCAUGAUCGCGCAAUCCCAGCUUGCUGCAAUUAGCGGCGGCAGCACCGCAGCCAGCGCAACCAUCCCGCGCCGCUGGUCGCGGCGGGAUUUGCCUGGCCUCAUUCGCCAGCAGCAGAUCCCUAGACUCUCGCCGCGCGUUCCAGUGCAACUCGAUGCGCAUUUCGCAAAGCCGACUCGGGCGGUUUCGGUGCAAGCUCGAGCGUCCCUCCCCACCGCCGAUGAACCUUCCGCAUUCGAUCCAUCUUCACACUUGAUUCCGCAACAGGGUAACUUGGACGGCUCAGAUUUCACCGCGCCCGAGCAGCUAGUCGCGGAUGGCCUUCUCUCGCGACGUUCUCUCGUGGCGCUCUCAUCCGCCGCACUUACCACUUCCUUACUCGCACCGCCCUCCACGUCAGCUUCCCCAGAUUCCACGUCACUCUCGCUAGGCCCUGCCGUAAUUCCCCCUUGCCCUCCGGGAUCCACGGUGGAGAUUCAAAUCGGGGAUAACUGCGGACUUGGAGUCGCGAUUUACCCUGAUUUCAGCUACAGCCCCGGCGGCGUUUCCGGGGGAGGCGGCUCGGGAACCGCGACGGAUUUAACCGACGGGUCGGAUCGCGUUGAGAUAGUUUUCGACCCGCAGACUCUAAACAUUCCCCCGUUGCGGUACGAUACGACGCGGUUCCUCGGGCUUCCGCUGCCCCCGCCGCUUAAGAUUGACAUCGCUCCCGCGGCGCUAAGGGGCUACCUCGAGAGGUCGACUGGCAAGGUGGAGCUGACCUUCAUCUCUAAAUUCUUCUUCACAGCAGGACCCAUCUACACCGCACCACCGCUUACUGUAGAAACCAUUUUAACCACCGAAAGCUCUGCUGGGCCCAUACCUUCUCCGUCCCGAACAGCAGCAGCAGCAGCAGCAGCAGCAGCAGCAGCAGCAGCAGCAGCAGCAGCAGCAACAGCAGCAGAAACAGCAGCAGACACGGCAGGCUCCCCCGUUACAGCCACGCAGACCCCAGGCUUCAUUGAGGCAACGAUUGCAGCAGGGCCACACGGGAAGCUAGACGAGUACCUGCCAGUGGUAGACCUGCUGCUGAAUGUGAGGAAGGUGCUGGCGGAGGCAAUGAUUGCAGCAGGGCCACAUGGGAAACUGGACGAGUACCUACCGGUGGUAGACCUGCUGCUGAACGUGAGGAAGGUGCUGGCGGAGGUGAUGAUUGCGGCUGGGCCACACGGGAAACUGGACGAGUACCUAACGGUGGUAGACCUGCUGCUGAACGUGAGGAAGGUGCUGGCGGAGAUCGAGGCAAUGAUCGCAGCAGGGCCUCAUGGCAAGCUAGACGAGUAUCUGCCGGUGGUUGAUCUGCUGCUGAACGUGCGGAAGGUGCUGGCGGAGGUGGGGGAGAAGGAGUCUGGGCGCCGGGCGGACAUGCUGCUGCGGACGGCCAUGGAGGAUUUGGAUUACGAACUGAGAGACAUUCUGAAGAGGCGCAGCAAGCAAGCCUCAGCGCGUUUUUCAGUGGACGAGCUCAAGAGGUUAUUCCAGGCGGAGUUCCUGCAUGUGGGGAGUGGGGAGGCGGCAGGGGAAGGGGGGGAGGAGAAGGGGGAGGGGCGGGAGGGCAGGGGGGGGAGGGAAGGGAGAGGAGGGGCGGAUGGGGAGGAUGAGGGACUUUUGAGUCCAGGGGAAAGGGGAGAGGGGAGGGGGGGGAGGAGGGAGGGGAGAAAAGAAGGGGACCGGGAAGAGGAUGAGAAGGCUGGGGGGGAAGGGGAGGAGGAGGAGGGGAGGAGGAAAGAGAGGAGGAAGGUUCCUGAGUUGUUUCCUGUGAGCACGGGGCGGUGGUUGAAUGAGGCGGCUGGGAGGAUGGUGCAAGGAGGGGCGGGAGGAAAGUGCGUGGAAGCUUACAGGUCUGUGCGCGUGGAGGCAGUUAAAGCCCUGAUGGAUGAACUGAAGCUGGAAGAUGUGUUGAGUCCGGGAGUGAUUCACGAGGCACCGUGGAGGGUGCUGGAGCAGGCUUCCAAGGAGUGGGUGCAGGCUGCAUAUAUCAUUGGAGCGUUGAUAAUUCCCAUGGAGCAUCAAACGGCCAACGAGGCUUGGAAGGGCAUGGACACGCAGAGGCGUGCCGCCCUAAGGGGCGUGCUGGAGGACGGCGGCGUCGGGCGGCGGGUUUUGUUUCUAGCGGACGUGCUGAGGGCGAUCGUGUCACGGCAGAUGGCAGAGCAGCUGUUCUCGCUGCUGGACGCUUAUCAAGUGGUUCAGGAGAUCAUGCCCGAGCUCGCUGCCACCUUUCAGGAUCUGAAGGUCAGCAAUGUCUGGGGGGCGUGUGAGGGCCUGCCGCUGCUGCUGGGGCGAGCAGUGGCAGCAUGCUUCCAGCGACUCAAGCUCUUACUGGAAGACUCUGCUGCUUCUAAUCUUGCUGAUGCCAUGCGGAAACCCGUUCCCGCCAAGAAGGCAGCUUUGAGCUUCCUCACCCGCAGCGCAACCAGCAACAGCAGCACAGCAGUGGCACCAGACGAGUCGGUGUAUGAGAUUGUGCCGCGAGGAGGCGCUGUGGACUCAAUCACGAGCUAUGUGGCCAACUACAUUCGCAGCUACAUGCAGCGGCAAGGCAGACGAAGCUACGUGGAUUCCCUCACAUCUCUCUUCUCUCUUCUCGAGGCCCAUCCAGACGAAGACCCAAGCUCCCUGACUUCAGAUUUCGCCCUCCUCUCCCUCCCCGCCUCCUCCUCCCUCUCCCCUCUCGCCUCCUCCAAUCCAAUCGCUGCCGCCGCCGCCGCUGCCACAAUGAACGCCACGUCAGCAUCUGCCAUGUCAGCAAACGGGAGGGCGCUAGGUGGCGGGAGGAGCCUGGAGAGCGAGACAGCUCAGCUGGUGAUGGCUUUAAGGAGGAACCUAGAGAUUAGAGCAAGGCUUUACCCUGAGGAGGAGUUACAGCAACUAUUCCUUAUGAACAACCUCAAUUAUCUCGUCAAGUCUAUGAACGACUGGCACGGGUGGCACGCACAGGGCAUUGAAAAGAACCUCUCUGCUGUGAGAAGGGAGGGUGCCAAGGAUCUAAUGGUAGCGUUAGCAGACCUGCAUGACGACCGGGUGGUGCAGCAACACGCAGGGGCAUUCCAGUCACUCGCUCUCCUCAAGGUCAUGACUGCCCUGAGCACCAAUGAGGAUGCGGUUCAGCCCACGCACAGAACUGCUGCUGACUAUGUCAAGGCGGAGAUGCAACGCUUAAAGCGGUUCAACUCGGCGUUUGAGGAGCUGCAAGAGAGGCAGAGGCACUGGACGACCCCUGACGAUGGGCUGAGGCGGAAGAUUCGGGCCAAGUGGGCGACGAGCAUCAAGGAGCGGUACAGGAAGAUGCUGCUGCCUUACUGGGAUGACUUGACAUCAUGCAAGUUCUAUGCCUUCACACCAGAAAGAGUAGAAGAAAUCAUUCAGCACACUUUCUUCAUGGACCCUUCCGACUAA